AUGGUUGAGGAUGAAAGGUACGAACAAUUUUCAUGGGGAAAGUCUUUGUUUCAAAAGCUUAUGUCAACAUGGAGACAGGAUUUCUUUGUUGAAAAACAGUUAUACCAGAUAGGGGGAAUGCCUUAUGUGCUGAAUGUUUGGAUGUAUGAAUAUUGUUAUGAGGUAGAUAGUACGAUAGCUGAGCGGAUGGGAGAUGUAAUUUCAAGAAUUUUUAACUGGAAAGUUGUUGGAAUCAAGGUCAAGUACGAGAAGUUAAUAAGGGGUAUGUUCAACAAGGACAUUGAAUUAAAUGAUCCUGAAUCUGCAUUCUCAUGUGAUACUUCUAUAGAUCAUAGUGGUAAACGGCCUGCUGAUGACAUGCAUACACGUUCGGACUCCGAGCUACAAGGUUUUAAGGAUUUCAGUAUUGUCCCACCUCCAAAAAUUCUUAAAAAGAUAGAUCUGAGUACCGAUACAUCAGCAUCACAACCUACGAAAAGGCGGAGGGUAGUUUGUUUUGAUGUUAAAACUGUAGAGAUGCAAAAAUGUGAGAAAACACCACCAUCUGUUUCAAGAGGAUAUAUGUCAACAAGCAAAACACCAACUUCUAUUUCAGAUCGUGUUAACGCAGGAAAUAUAUGUCCAUCAUCUCCCAGCAAGUCUAUUCUUCAGGCCACUUUUGAUGUCAAGUGGGACGAGACAAAGUUGUUUAUCCAGUCUUAUGAAAGUUUUUUCAUAAGUGGAGAAGAAUAUGACAAGAUAUCAACUUGCAAAACUGCAAAAGAGAUGCGGGAUAAAUUAGAGGUAACCUAUGAAGGAACCAAAGUCAAAAAGUCAAAGAUUGUUGUCAUGGUCAAUGAGUUGUUCAAAAUGGAAGAAAAUGAGAACAUUGAAGGGGAUAAAGCAAGAAUAAUAGAGUCGCCUACCUUUCAGGGGGAGCAGAGCAAGUCAGCUGAUGUUACAUGGAAGUCAACUAAUACUUGUACAAAAACUGCCACAUUAGAUGCUCUUGUCGAAGUUGUGGUAAAUCUGAAAUCAGAUUACGCUAAUGUUGAAACAUCAAUUAUCGUAUAUAUUCAUAAAGAUCACCCGGAUGAUUACCCAAGUACAAUUCCAGAAUCUGCUCAAGCCGAGUUAGACACAAUAAUAAAGUAUCUAGCAGCACCUGUGGAUGAACUUUUUAUCGAAGUUGUUAUUCUGAUAGAAGAAACGGUCAACCAGCAUUUCAUAUCAGAUAGUCAAAUUCCUCCAGAUUUUUUUGAUGCAGUUUUCGCAGCACAUCAAGCUGCAAAAACCCCUGCUAAGAGGACUAGAACUAAAUCUAAAGUAUUUAAGUCACCUUACUUGACAGAGUUUGCUGUUGGUUCAAAAUCCAUUGAGGAUGAAACCACAGAAUUGAAACAAAAAUUCACAUUUGAUGGUUUUAUAAUAUCUGAUGAUAUGUCGAGGGGUGUCAUUGAGGAGUAG